AUGUGGCCCUUCGAUAUCGUCGACUGGGUGAUGCUCGCCGUGCCCUUCGCCUACAUCGGUAUCCUCGCUGGCUCCUUUGCAGUCUUUACAAACCUCUAUCGCAAGCGUCAAGCUGCCAAUGCCGCAUCCCUGGAACCCUGGUUCCCUACACAUCUCCAGCGCAAUGUCUACCUCUCCCUGCUACACAUGGACGACCCCAAAGUGCCGGACAGCGUACUGAAGGCUGCGCUGUUGCGCCGCGCGACCGAAGACAUUCACCGAAUCGUACAGGUUAGAAACGCGAAGCAGGCGCUGCAGGUGUUGCUGCAGAGGGGUAGUGUGGGCGAUGAUCUGUGGCAGCGAUUCCAGAGGGCGGAGAAGGAGAUUGAAGAGGAACUUAGGGACGUUGUUAGUGAGGCCAACGCAUUCGCACCAAACUGGGGUCAGACCAUCUUCCAGUCCGCCUCUGAAAUGGCACAGAACAACCACAUCCGCGAACGCCUAGCUGAGAUUACUGCGAAAGCGCCAGCGGAAAAGGAGUGGUGGGAGAAGCGUAGGACCGACAUCCAAUCCGAGUUCAUGAAGGAGCUGGACGAAGAAAAGGCGAAGAGCGAAGACGGUGUAAUGGUGGAGAAGGCCAAGGCAUGA